AUGAUAGUGGACAUCGGUCUCAUUGAUACCAGCUACCUGGAAAGUAUGGUACAGAUGGAGGACAUUUACACUCACUCUUUGUCACCCUGGGAAUACAGUCUCAACUCAGACCCCAACAGAUUCCCCUUCGUCAUUGCGGAGGCCAAUUGUCUCACUUUCACUUGCGCAGAUGCCAACGGCAAUGAAAAUCCAGCCCUGAUCUCCUACCCCAUCCAGCAGGAGGUGAUGGUCCUACGUCGGGAGCAGAAAGGCUGCAGCUUCUCCUAUAGACUGGAGACCGAGGUGGUCACACUGGGCUGCACGUGCGUCAAGCCUGUCGUCAGCUAUUACUGA